AUGGAAAAGUAUGAGAUGAAAGAUGUUAUUGGAAAAGGAGGGUAUGGUGUUGUUUACAAAGGUCAUGAUCUCGAGACUGAUCAGAUUGUAGCUAUAAAGAAGAUGUAUGCUUUGGACUUGAACAACAGUGCAACAAUGCAAGAAAUCUCUCUGUUGAAAGAGAUGGAACAUGCCAACAUUGUCAAGACCUCGGUUAACAGGUUGCUGGAAGCAAAACCUAAUACUGACAAAGGAAGCUACUUGAUUUUUGAAUAUCUGGACUAUGAUCUGGAGAAAUUCAUGAGGAAAUUUCCUGAAAUAUCUAAGAAUAAACAAAGAAUAAAGAAUUUUAUGCGUCAAAUUCUUUCAGGUCUUGCGUACUGUCAUAAGCUCAAAAUUAUUCACCGUGAUUUGAGGCCUGACAAUUUGCUGGUAGAUCGCGAAGGCUCCGUGGUGAAGAUUGCAGACUUUGGAUUGGCCAGGAAAUUUGGAAGUCCUCUUGGGGAAUAUUGUCAGGAGGUAGUAAAUUUACGUUACAUGCCACCAGAAAUCCUCCUUGGAUCCCAUUUAUACUCCACCCAUGUUGAUGUGUGGUCUGUAGGCUGUAUAUUUGCUGAGAUGAUUGAUCAUCAGCCUCUGUUUAAUGAAUUCUUCGAGAAAGAUCGUCUGCAGACUGUGCAUAAAAUUUUUAGCAUUAUGGGGACACCAGAUGCAACAACAUGGCCUGGAGUGACCUCACUACCGGAUUACAUACCUGAUGACUUUCCCAAGCAAGAUCCUAAGAACCUAGCAGAAUACGUUCCUAAUCUUGAACCCGCUGGAGUUGAUCUUCUUUCUGAAAUGCUCUGCUUGAAUCCAGCUAGAAGAAUAUCAGCUCUUGAUGCACUUGCGCAUGCAUACUUCAAGAAUGAUGAUGAUGCUGCUGCUGAAGAAGAAGAAGAUAAUGUUGGCGGUGAUGAUGAUGAUCCUUGAUUCCAAGUCCAUAACUUUUCUUUGCUAUUGUUGUUAUGUUGAUAGACUAUCUCUAGGUGAUCUUUCUUUCAGUCACUGUAAAUUUUCUCCCAACUCAAAAGCUUUUGUUGCAACCAAUUUGUGCUAGGAACUGGGUUUUAUGCAAUUACAUUGUAAUUAGGUUUUAUAAACUCAGAUCUCAAUCUAACUCAACUCGACAAAUUUGUCUACAUCCCAAUCCAUUGGAUUCGGUUUCAAAGAAAUAUUUUGUUGCCCUUA